GUCCUCAAAUCAACACAUACAAUAGAUAAAAAUUCUAAACACUCCAACCCACGGUCUUAGAAUUCCUAAACCUUAAACCGUACUCUUAUUACAGAAUACAUUAAAUUAUUUAAAUUUAACCUAUUCUGUGAUCUUUAAUACUUUCACACUUGAUUGAGCACAGCAGCACAAGAGCAAAAGCGAGACAGUGAAACACGUUAUCUUAAUUGUAUGGUUAUGGAAGUAAUAUGUCAAUGAUACAAUCUUCAAACAACAUGAGUGAUAAUGAUAGAUUAAUACCUAGCUGCAGCACCUCAAAUCCUAUACCAAGCUCUAACAUAACAGAUUCAAAUCCAAAUCAUAGUAAAACAACUCAAAUUUCAAACUGCAACACUAGUAGUAUAAAUGAUGGUUGUGGUAAUCCAGGUCCAUCUAAUGAAGAUGAAGAACUAACGCUACCACGUGCAUCAGUCAAUAAAAUGAUUAAAGAUGCCUUACCAAAUAUUCGUGUUGCUAAUGAAGUGAGAGAAAUGAUAAUGAACUGUUGCACAGAAUUUAUACAUUUAGUAUCAUCGGAAGCUAAUCAAGUAUGUAUGGCUCAACAGAAAAAAACUAUAAAUGGUGAACAUUUAUUGACUGCUCUUGACCAUUUGGGAUUUGGUGAUUAUCGAGCAGAAGCAGAAGAAGUUGGUAGAGACUGUCAAUCUAAAAGAAGAAGACAAAGUACAAGACUUGAAAAUUUAGGCAUACCAGAAGAAGAAUUGUUACGACAACAACAAGAAUUGUUUGCUAAGGCCAGAGAAGAGCAAAUGGCUCAAGAACAACAACAAUGGCAAGAACUACAAGCUGCAGCUCAACGAGCUGCUAUUAAACCUAAGACUGAAGAAAGCAGUGAUGAAGACGAUUACUCCUAAUUAUAAUUCAACUGAAUUAUCGACAAUUCACAUUAUGAAUUGAAUUUUUUUUUUCUUAAUUUGUUAUCAUCAGCUUGUACAUUUUUACUAGUAUCUAAUUUUCUUAUAAUUGUUUAUUUUUUAAACUGUUACAUUUACUUUUAUGUCAAAUAAAUAAUUACGUACAAUUAAAA